AUGAGUUCAAGAAGUGGAGUAUUUAUGCUCUUGAUCUUGCUUUUCUUCCAAAUUUGCUCUGUUUCUGCGUUCACAUAUGAAUCAGACACUGCUGCUUUAGAAACCCUGAAGAGUGAAUGGAAAACGUUAUCCAGGAGUUGGAAAGGCUCUGAUCCUUGUGGAACCAAAUUCUCCAAUUCAUGGGUUGGAAUUGAAUGUACCAAUGACCGCGUUGUUUCAAUAUCGCUAGGCAACCUUAACUUGGAAGGAAAGCUUCCUCAAGAGAUUUUGACCUUGGUUGAAUUGCAGACUUUGGAUUUGACAGCAAAUCCUAAAUUGACUGGACCGCUUCCAGAAAAUAUUGGUAACCUCAAGAAGUUGCAGUUCUUGAACCUUAUGGGAUGUAAUUUCAGUGGUCAAAUCCCUGCCUCCAUUGGAUCUCUAUUAGAACUUACAUCUCUCUCCUUGAAUUUAAAUCAAUUUAGUGGAACAAUUCCGGCUUCUCUUGGACGGUUAUCAAAACUAAUUUGGUUCGAUAUAUCUGACAAUCAAAUCGAAGGAGAGCUUCCGGUUUCUACUACUUCUUCACCUGGACUUGACAUGCUUCUUGCAACCAAUCAUUUUCAUUUUGGAAAUAACAAGCUUUGGGGCGUUAUCCCAGAGAAGCUCUUUAAUUCAAGCAUGAGUUUGUUACAUUUGCUAUUCGAUGGAAACCAAUUCACGGGCAAAAUCCCGGAUAGCCUCGGCCUAGUUAAAAACUUGACUGUGUUACGCCUCGAUAGAAAUAGACUAAGAGGAGAUAUUCCUUCAAGUCUUAAUAAUCUCACAAAUCUUCAAGAACUGUACUUGGCCAACAACAGAUUUACAGGUACUCUACCAAAUUUAACCAGCUUGACCGGUCUCUACACAUUAGAUGUGAGCAAUAACUUGUUGACAGUAGCACCAGUUCCAUCAUGGAUCUCUUCAUUACACUCUCUGUCAACAUUAAGAAUGGAAGGGAUCCAACUUGAAGGUCCAGUACCAGCUUCUCUCUUUAGCCCUAGUCUAUUGGAGAUUGUUUACCUAAAGCGCAAUCUUAUAAACGAAACAUUGGACAUUGGUGCCAACUAUAGCAAGCAGUUGAAUUUUGUGGAUUUACGAAACAACGACAUAACUGGUUAUAAACAAGCAGCUAAUGACAAGAUCCAAGUAAUGUUGGCUGAUAAUCAAGUGUGCAAAGACCCGGCUAACCGGCACAAUGACUACUGCAAUAUACUCCAACCAAAUUCUUCUUAUUCUACCCUUCGAACAAACUGUAGUCGUCCUUGCGGUUCAGAACAGGAACUGAAUCAAGAAUGUCACUGUAUGUAUCCACUAAAAGGAGUAUUCACCUUAAGGUCUCCUUCCUUCUCAAGUUUUUACAACAAAACUUACUUCAGAACGCUCCAGGAGAGUAUAGCUGCUCACUUUAAGGAAAAAAAUUAUCCAGUGGCGUCCGUGGAGAUCAAAAACAUAACAGAGAAUCCAACUGAUUAUCAUCUUCAAAUAGAUCUCCUCAUCUUUCCAUCGAAGCAAGAUAGUUUUAAUCAGACCGGAAUGGAUAGUGUUAUUUCUGUGUUUAGCAUGCAGUUAUAUAAACCUCCUUCAAGAUUUGGCCCUUAUGUUUUCAACGCCCAUCCGUACAAAACAUUCUACGGAAGUUCCAAGUCAUCAAACAUGGGCAUUAUAAUCGGAGCAUCAGUUGGUGCUGCGAUUCUUCUCUUGUUGUCAACUGUAGCUGGGAUUUACGCUCUUAGGCAGAAGAAGAGAGCUGAGAGAGCAUAUAAUAAAAUGAACCCUUUUGGCAAGUGGGAUAUCGGUAAGAGCAAGAUCGAUGCUCCACGGCUUGUGGGAGCAAAAGCCUUUACUUUUGAAGAGAUGAGCAAAUAUACAGACAGAUUUUCACAAGCAAAUGAUGUUGGGGGUGGAGGUUAUGGACAGGUGUACAAAGGGAAACUUCCUUCUGGGCAACUCAUAGCAAUCAAAAGAGCUCAACAAGGAUCGAUGCAAGGAGGGUUGGAGUUCAAAACUGAGAUUGAGCUUCUUUCAAGGGUCCAUCACAAAAAUGUUGUCAAACUCUUGGGAUUCUGUUUUGAUCAAAGUGAACAAAUGCUCGUGUAUGAGUACAUACCAAAUGGCUCUCUUAGAGACAGCCUAUCAGGGGAGAAUGGGAUUAAACUGGAUUGGACUGCAAGGCUGAAAAUAGCACUUGGUUCAGGGAAGGGUCUAGCUUAUCUUCAUGAGCUUGCUGAUCCUCCAAUUAUACACAGAGACGUCAAAUCAAAUAACAUAUUACUUGAUGAAAAUCUAACUGCAAAAGUUGCCGAUUUCGGCCUCUCCAAACUUGUUGGAGACCCUGAGAAAGCUCAUGUCACAACACAAGUCAAAGGAACCAUGGGCUACUUGGAUCCUGAGUACUACAUGACGAAUCAAUUGACCGAGAAAAGCGAUGUGUAUGGGUUCGGUGUGGUGAUGCUUGAGCUAUUAACCGGUAAAAGUCCUAUAGACAGAGGUAGCUACGUUGUGAAAGAGGUGAAGAAGAAGAUGGACAAAUCGAGGAUGAUGUAUGAUCUUCAAGAAAUGCUUGACACGACGAUCAUAGCAAACAGUGGGAAUCUCAAAGGGUUUGAGAAGUAUGUAGAUGUUGCUCUGAGAUGCGUGGAGGCAGAAGGAGUUAAUAGGCCAACGAUGGGUGAAGUGGUGCAAGAUAUUGAGAGCAUACUACGGCUUGCAGGAUUAGACCCUAACGCUGAUUCAGCGGCGAAUUCAAGAACGUACGAGGAAGCAUCUGGUGAUCCUUAUGGCAACAAGGAUUCGUUUUGA